AUGACAGUUCCCGCUGCCAUUCCCAUUCCCGCUCCCGCUCCUCAUGCUGUCGUCACAGCCGCUCCUCUAGCGCCGCUCGUCUCCGCCUCUCGUGAGAGGCGGAGCGAGUUGCGCAGAUGCAGGCGCGACUUGCAGCCGGUAGUUUCCGCGCGCCUGCUCCCUGGCUCCGCCUCCGCUAGUCGCAUUGGCGGACUAUGCACCUCGGCGCAGGAAAGCAAGGCGGAGAAGCGAAGAGGGCGGAAGGUGCGGGCAGUGCAAGGGGGAGGGGGCGGCGACUUAAGGGAUUUGGGGAACGGAGAGAGGGAAGUUGAAGGGGUGCGUGGGGCGGAGGGUUCAUGGCGCGGCGGCGGAAGCUUAGAGGGGGAAGUGGAGGGGGAUUUAGACGAGGAUUGGCCUGGGGAAGCGAAACGGGGCGGGCGGUUGCGGGGAAGGGUUUGGGCUGGUGGCGGAGCAACGGGCGGGAAUGGGGAGGGCGCAGAGUGGCGCGGAAACUGGGACGAUAGGGGGAGUGAGGGUGGGGGGCUGGGGGCAGCGCGAGGAGAGAAAGCGGCGAAUGCGGCGGGAGUAGGCAGGGCCGCAGGGGAGGGGGAGGGGGAGACAGUUGUCACGUUGGGGAUGCAAGAUGAUGAAGAGGAGUGGGAGGAGGGGUGGGAGGGGGAGGAGGAGGAGGGAGAGGAUGAUGAUUGGGAGGUAGAGGGGGAUUUGGAUGAAGACGAGGAGGGGUGGGGAGGGGGGGGCGGCGCGGGCAGGUGGAGGGUUGGGGGAGGGAAAGGGCGGGUGAGGCGGUAUGACGUGGCAGGCGGUGGAGCACGCGUGGCAUCUGACGUGGCACGGGGGAGCAGGGGCAGGGGCGAGGGGGCAGGGGGAGCAGCAGGCAGUGCAGGCGCGAGUGGUGGUGCGGCCUCGGGCCGUGGCAGCACUGUGAGAGCCGCGUCAGAAGCAGGCAUCAGCGUUUUCCCUGCACCUCCCUUGUCUUCUCCUCCCCCUCCCCCGGCCCCAUGGGGGGUGCGAGUGGGGGACGUGUACCUGGGGGUGAUCCGCUCGCUGCAUCCGGGCAUGAAGGCUGCGUUUGUUGACAUUGGGGGCGCCGCGCCCUCGCUGCUCAACCUGGCUCAUAAUGAUCGCCCCCUCACCUUCCCGCCCACUGGGGGUGACGGCGCUGGUGCGCUGGCACAUUCGUGGGAUGCUACGGUUGUGGUGGGGGGCGGCGGUGGGGAGACAGGCGCAGGGGCAGAGCGAGAGAGAGAGGCUAACACAGGGGGAGGCAGAGAGGCAGAGACAGGCGGUGAUGCGGACACAGGCGGAGGCAGAGGCAUAGAGAAUGGUGCGGCCGCAGGUUUGGAGCUAGGUACGGGUGCAGGGUUGGAGGCAGGUUCGGGAGCAGGGCUGGAUGCUACGAGGCACUGGGAGACGGUGGUGGGCAAUCGGAGAGAGGAGACAGUAGGUGGGGCGGGUGCUGUGGCGGACGGGAGUGCAGGCGUGUGGGUGGGAGUGGGGGUUGAGAGUGGGGGGUUGCUUCAGGGAUGGGCGGCGAGAGGGAGGGAGGAGGGGGGUGCAGUGGUGGUGGCAGGCAUGCAAGAGGAUGAGGAGGAUGGGCAUGAUGAUUAUGAUGAUUUUGAGGAAGAGGAGGAGGAGGAUGAGGGUCUAGAAGAGGACUUGGAGGAGUGGCAUGAGGAUGAGGUGGAUGAGGAGGGGGAGGAAGAAGAGGAGGACGGUGAGGGAGAGGAGGAGGGAGAUGAGGAGGAUGAAGGUGAGGAAGAGGAGGAGGGAGAGAUAGUGGGUGAUGAAGACGAGGAGUGGAUAGGAGAGGAGGAGGAUGAAGAGGAGGGGGAAGAGGAAGUGGAGGAGGAGGAGGAGGAGGAGGAGGAGGAGGAGGAGGAGGAGGAGGAGGAGGAGGAGGAGGAGGAGGAGGAGGAGGAGGAGGAGGAGGAGGAGGAAGGGGAGGAGGAAGGGGAGGAGGAAGGGAGGAGGAGGAGGAGGAGGAGGAGGAGGAGAAGGGGAGGAUGA